AUGAAAGCCUCCAUUUUUAUUAGACCUACAGGACUUCUAUUUGUUUCAAGAAAAACCUUUCCCCACCCAAGGACUAGAGUCUCUUUCCCCCAGAAGGUUUUCUUUUUCCAAGCAAAGUACAGUGGUUCUGGAGUUGAUGGAAAAUUCAGCUUUAGGGUGGUCCCUCCGACCUUGUUGGCUGCAGAAAAGGAAGAAGCCAAGGCUGUACUAACCUUGUUUUUGAAAAAACAAGGUUUAAGUAAUGUGGUGGCAGCGAGAACUAUCAAUAAGUCUGAUGCUUUUGUUGAUCAUCUAGUGUCACGGCUCCAUUCUGUUCACAAGUCUCGCUACUUAGUAGGUCGGGAACUUUCGACUCUUGAGAUCCGGGAAGCUCUCAUUCCGUACCUCGAGACACUAUUUGAGGAGUACGGGGGCAUUUUGGUAGAUGCUGUCGAAAAAUUUUCAAAUCCACCUGUUGAGGAAAAAUCAGAAGAAAAUGUUCAAAAACAAACUGUAAUAGAAACUUCAGCUGCAUCUGUUUCUACUUCCAUUGCUUCAUCUGACUCGAGGAAGCUAAGAGCCUUGGCUCGAGUUAGUGACAUUUGCCCAACUGGGAAGCUUCCUUCACAUGUUGUCUACCUUGUAGAUCUUGGCAUGGAACUUGAGGCAAUCAGGGAAGUGAUACGCAAGUUCCCAGCUUUUGCCUACUAUAGUUUGGAGGGGAAAAUCAAGCCAGUUGUUGAAUUUCUUCUUGAUCUAGGUGUGCCGAAAUCAGACAUUCCCACCAUCCUAACUAAAAGGCCUCAGCUUUGUGGAAUUAGUCUAACUGAAAAUCUGAUCCCCACCAUGGAAUUUCUUGAGGAUUUAGGUGUGGAUAAAAGACAAUGGGCAAAAGUUAUCUAUCGCUUUCCACCACUUCUCACUUACAGCAGACAAAAACUAAAAGCAACUGUGGAUUUUCUCUACGAGAUGGGACUCUCAGCCGAGAAUGUGGGUAAGGUUCUUACACGCUGCCCAAAUAUUAUAAGUUACAGUGUGGAGGAUAAGUUACGACCAACUGCUGAGUAUUUCCGUUCAUUGGAGGUUGAUGUUGCUGUUCUUCUUCAUCGAUCUCCUCAAACUUUUGGUCUUAGCAUUGAGGCUAAUUUGAAGCCCAUGACAGAAUUUUUCCUCGAAAGGGGGUAUAGUUUGAGGGAUGUUGCAACUAUGAUCUCAAGAUACGGAGCAUUGUAUACUUUUAGCUUGCCAGAUAACUUGAUAUCGAAAUGGGAGUUUUUCUUAACCAUGGUUUAUCCAAGAUCUGAGUUAGUUAAGUUUCCACAGUAUUUUGGUUACAGUUUAGAAGACAGGAUCAAACCUCGAUAUGAAAUUAUUAGAAAAUGUGGAGUCAAAUUACUAUUGAAUCAGAUGUUAUCUCUCUCAGAAGAAAACUUCCAUAAACUUCUGAAGAAAAAAAUGGAGAAAAUGCUUGAUGAUUAA